CAUGCUAAAAGACUGAUCCCAGUGGUGUGAUUUUAUUGUUUAUCUGUUGUCAGUGAAGUUGAUUGACAUGUAAGAAAUUCUGGAAAUGCGCCCCAAAGUGCAGCGAUGUUGUGCUAGAAGUCGUUGGAUAGUUUUUGGAGAGGACGCACGCUGACAGGUGCAGCCUUCUGCCAGUCGACGCACAUCUUGUUUCCUUCCGUAACGGGACUGUCAGCAGCCAAACUUCACUGUGGAGACAAAGACUGAAGACACAACUACGAUUUACUGCAGAAGGCUUUUGAUGAAAUCCCUCCUCUAAGAAUGCUGAGCUGAGUCCAGUGGAACCAGAAGUUGACCAAAAGAUGCUGGGACAAAUGUGGAUUUAACCAAUGAAGAUACGACACAGGAGGUUAUGAAAAAAGCCGAACCAAGUUUAUAUCAAGACAGGCUUAAACCUUUGAAAUUCCCUGAUAAUCAAGAAUCAGCCCAGUUUUUCCUAACAAAAGACAGUUCAGAAAUAAACCAAAUCACAUUCAGUUUCUCCCUGCUAGUGAGAAUGCACAAGAGAGCAAUACCUCUUUACUGACAGUGCUGCUUAAAUCAUGGACGAAGAAUCUUAACAACAGUUAUCCAAAUGUGUGUGAAAAGUUGAAAGAAUUAGUAUAACGCCUCCCAGUAUAAAUGUGUCAGAAAUGGCAAUAAUAAUUAGUCAUAUUGAGCAACCAUGUGCAAAUCCGUAAAGUGCACAAAUCACGAUUUCAGAAUGCAGUAUCCUUCUGAGCACUGACAUUUUCGCCGUCUCUACUAACUGUACCUCAAGCAGUACCCAAAUACUUUAUAUAUUCAAGACAGAAAACUCAAGUUGAAAUGUCCGCUAUGGCCGGAAGCGACGUCAUUUUGAUCUCGGAUUCUGAAGAUAAGCCACAGGAGACUAAAUCAAGCGCUGAAAAUGCUCAUCCGAAGCCGCCUACAUCCACUGGAACUACAAAGGCCAGCAAAAAAACGGCGAGAAAAACUACAGGAACGCAAAAUGAGUCACAAAUCGCAUAUGCCCGGACUUUGAAAGAAAUCUGCUCCAAAACGCCGUAUUGUCUGUAUGCGGACAUGGCGUUGGAGCUGGAUAACACCACCUGCGCGGUUAUGAUCGGCUACUUCGACUGCUGCUCCGGAGUAAGCGUAGUGAGAAGGCUGAACACGCUGCGCAUCAAUCAACCCAGCAGUGAAACUAAACGCAAGCCAGUGAUCACCAAACACACCGCCAGCUCCGCGGCGGAUCUGUUGGUAGACUUGCUCAAGACUGCCGAGCUCCCUUUGUACAAUCUCAAGGUGUUUUACUGCAACAUUCGCGAUCCGGAAGUCAACGGAAUUAUUGUGUCGAAGCUAAAGGCACUCAACCCGCAUUUGGUGUCUCUGGGCGGGCUUGCCUGUACGGUCGGGAGGGCUUGCCAGACGGGGCUUUUGGAAUAUUACAGCCACGUGAUCGACCUCAUUAAUGACAUUCACUUCUUUGAGUUACCUGAGUGUUUAGGAGGCACAGAGUACAGCGUCACUCUACCGAUUUCAAUCCAGUACACAGAAAUCAUCAUGGUUAUCCAAAAUAUGUCCUCAAACUGGCUCAAAGUGGAGGAGUAUUUCAAAGAGCUGAGGUUAGACGUCGGGUUAAGCCGUCAGCAGAGGAUUUGCGAUCAAAUGGAAGAACCGAAAGUUAGGUUGGAUUUUACGUUCCUCGCUCAAGCUUUGGGAACCUUCCGAAGUUUUCGGGAUGUGCAGGACAACAUGGCGCGCGAUAUGGUGGUGGAGCUGCAGAUGACGGCGCUGCUGGUCAACGUCUGCGCGUCCAGUAUUUUUACGCCGACCGCCACGGAGGAGUUUGUCAGGAAGAAGGAUCUGGGAAUGCUCCAGAGUGAGAAGGAUCUGCUCCCCCUGGCGAGUAUAAAUGUGGGUUUGAGAGCCAGGAGGUACUUGGGGUCUCUGUCCUUCGUCGUUAUGGUGGAAGAAGAGAGGACUGAGUUCCUACAGCAGGCUCAGGGCUUCUACCAAACAGUGCUCAAGAUUUUGGUUGAGAAUCUCCCCGGACAGCUGAGUCCUCUGUCCAUGAGGAACAUCGGGACUCUGCUGAAGAGUCCAAUGAGUCUCAAGUCGGAGGAUGUCUCCCAUGUGCAGUUGGCAGAGUUGGGUUCUCAGUUGGGUUUGUGUAAAAGUAAAACCUCCAACUCUCCUCUGGCGUCUGAAUACGUCAACUACAUCCAGAGGAUCAAUGACGUCCGCGGGUUUGAGGGCAGCACAGCCGGCGCCAAGUGGCUCAAGGUGCUGGACAGUUUGGCACGGUUUCCUAUUUUAUUUAAGCUGGUCCUCACUCUCCUGGCUUUUCCGCGCUCUCUACAACUGAAGCACAUUUUUCAGUCCUCAGGCAGAAGCGUUCUUUCCCCAGACCAAAGGAAAGGUGUGAAGAGGAGGUAUCGACAUUCGCACAGAGCGGAGAGAGAGAAGGACUCCUCCUUCUCCUCCUCCUCCUCUGAUGAAGACCGACCCAGACCCCAUCCCACACGCCAACUGGAGAGGGACUCAGAGGACUCGGACUACACUGACAACUCAUCAGAUGUGGUCGACGUGACUGACGGCUGCAAAGAAACAAUUAAAGCACAUGAAGAUUCAGAUGACACGGAACCAGAGCCUGAGAAGCCUGUCAGUGAGUCCAUCUAUGUGCUGGAGGGUGAACAGAAAAAGACCAAACACAAACCAGCCAAACUGAAACCAGCCAAAGCAAAGCCUGAACAAAGGCAGCAGGGUGAGCUGGUUCUGAUCAGCCUGGAGGACGCCCUCUGCUGGCCGGCCGUCACAGUACCCACUUUAGAAAACAACCAGGAGCCGGACAUGAAGAAGGUGGUGUGGUACGGGCACAGCAUGACCUCAGAGGUCUGCAUCGAGUAUCUGCGUCCAUUCGCUGACUUCUCCAGAUUCUUCUCUCAAAACACCUUUGCCACUGUCGCCACCUACAAAGAUGCUGUGUUUUUGGCACUAAGGGAGGCGAGUGCCCGCUGUCAGAAGCAGUUUUCAGCCUCGUUUGACAACAAAGAGGAGAUCCUGGUGGAGAUGCUGGACUGGGCUUUUGGUGGGUUCAAACCAACGGGACCCACAGGAUUUGCACCUGCUUUAUUAGCAAAAGAGAAGAACCGCCCUGUCGAACCCUCAAACUCAUCCAAAGGCAAAACUAUCACCCCUGAAGACCUGCCCAGGCUUUCCGUGUCUCUGUACAAACUGCCACUGGAGAUGUUACAGAAAAACACAGAAAAGAAAAAGACUAAACCUGUGUGGAAAGGGAAGGGCCCGAGGAGGAAAAGCAGUUUAUGUUUGAGAGACACGUUUGAAGAUACAGACAUGUCCCCAGACUAUGUGCCGUGUAAGAAGAACUUUAUGAAGAGACCCUACAGCAGAGUGGACCAGUCGAACAAGGGCGCCCCGCAGAAUGUGUACAAACAACCUGACCAGAAAGAGAGAGAGAGGAUCAUACGCAGAAUUAUGGAGUUUGACUUGGACAUUGACAAGUUCUGUGUGUGUUGUGGCACUGAGGACGUAAGCGUGUUCCACCCUCUGUUCAAAGGCAGCCUGUGCUUGGAGUGUAAGAAUAACUUCACAGAAACCCUGUACCGGUACGAUGAGGACGGGUACCAGUCCUACUGCACCAUCUGCUGCUACGGCAUGGAGGUCAUUCUGUGCGGCAAUGACAGCUGCUGCAGGUCGUUCUGCGCAGACUGUCUGAACAUCCUGGUGGGAGAGGGCACCUUCGACUUCCUUAAGGACCUGGACCCUUGGAUUUGUUACCUGUGCCAGCCCCACGAGACCCACGGCUCCCUUCGACCCGACUGGAGCAUCCGCGUGCAGGAGCUCUUCGCCAACAACAGUGCCAUGGAGUUUGAGCCUCACAGAGUUUACCCGUCCAUCCCCGCCAGCCUGCGCCGCCCCAUCCGAGUCCUGUCCCUGUUUGAUGGAAUAGCCACAGGCUACUUAGUGCUCAAAGAUCUGGGCUUCAAAGUGGAGAAGUACGUGGCGUCAGAGGUCUGCGACGACUCCAUCGCUGUGUCCACCGUGAACCACGAAGCCAAGAUCAUCCAUGUGGGAGAUGCCAGGUUUAUCACUCAGGAACAUCUGGAUCAGUGGGGGCCUUUUGACCUUCUCAUUGGUGGAAGUCCGUGCAAUGACCUGUCCAUUGUCAACCCGCUGAGAAAAGGCUUGUAUGAGGGCACCGGGAGGCUGUUCUUUGAGUAUUACCGGAUCCUGCAGUUACUGAAGCCCAAAGAGGAGGACUCCAGGCCGUUCUUCUGGCUCUUUGAGAACGUGGUCUUCAUGAACGUGCACGACCGGCUCAACAUCUGCAGGUUUUUAGAGUGUAACCCUGUGCUGGUGGACGCUGUCAGAGUCAGCCCUGCCAACAGAUCGCGCUACUUCUGGGGCAACAUCCCUGGAAUGAGCAGGCCAAUUACAGCCUCUCAGUCGGACAAACUGAACCUACAGGACUGUUUGGAAAUUGGACGAGUUGCAAGGGUUACUAAAGUGAGAACCAUCACCACCAAUUCCAACUCUCUGAAGCAGGGUAAAAACGUGUCGCUGCUCCCUGUUCUCCAGAAUGGCACCGAGGACACACUGUGGAUAACAGAGAUAGAAAAGAUCUUCGGCUUCCCCAAACACUACACCGACGUGAGGAACAUGAACCGGCAGCAGAGGCAGAAGGUCCUGGGCAAAGCCUGGAGCGUGCCCGUCAUCCGCCACCUCUUCGCCCCGCUCAAAGACUACUUCGCCUGUGAAGAGCUCCCCCCGUUGGCCACGUCCAGCGCUUCUACCUCCAGCUCCUCCUCCUCCCCGGCAUCCCCAGCCACUCCGGAGAUCCUCCAGCUUAGAUGACGACACCAAACAAUGCAAUUCUUUUAUUAUUACUCAAUUAUAGAAGGUCUAAAGUCAGAUUUAACUCUAUGCUUUUCUCUAUUUUGACAGGAUACACAAUAUACUGUAUUUUUAAAACUUUGUUUACAUUUUUAGUCUGUUUUAGAUCACUUCAGCUUCAGGUUAAUUAACUCUCAAAAGCUGGACAGUGCUGUAGACAAUGCUGCUAAAACCAUGUUCAGAUAAAUAGGAAAAAGGCUGAUUAAUCUCAUUUAAAGAUGUGAAUUAAUACAGGAAUCUCAUGCGUUUAUGAACAUGCUUAUUGAGGUUUAAUCUACAAGGUUAGCAGGGUUUAUACAUCCCACAAAUGUAAAUUUUUAUCUUCCUUAUCAAUUUCACUAAGUGUCACUCCUUAUAACCGGUAAAUACUAAAAGAUUAGGCAGUGGACGCCGGUGACUUGAGGGUGAAUCUGAUUGAGAACAUGUUAAAAACUACACAGACACUUCAUCGUUUUAGAUGUUUGUGUCUCAGUGCAAAGACUAAUUCUAAUUUUAAGGCAUAAAAAUAUUAAACUGCCACAAACAGAAGCCCUCUACGUAUGAAAACAUUUGAGUUAUCUUUACCUUACAUUUGAAUAGGAUGUUUAUUUUAUGUUUUGCAUUUAAAUAAAAGUGGGCAUUGAGCUUUGAGGAAGCCAGAGCGCUGCUGAGCACAGUGUGGAAGAUAAUUUGUUCCAUCAGAUUUUGAAAUUUAAAUACCGCUGAAUUUCUCGCUUUUAAUUUUUCAACUUGAAUUAUUUUUAUUCUGAAUUUUAGUUGCUGAAAUUGAAAGUAUACCUUUGCGA